AUGCAGGAAGCUGUUCAAACAAACCCACAGACGUCACCACAACCUUGGGACAUUGGCGAAGGCCCUGUGGCACAGGACCAGCAGGGGCAGCCAAAUCAGCUUUCGGAGGGUGUCCAGCUCAGUGAGCCAGGCUGGCAGCAGCCUAUCAGAGAAGCUUCAGAGAAAGACCUCACUCAGGAGGCUGCGGAAGAGACCCCUGUUUUGCCCCAGCAGCCGGAGAAUGGAAAGCGUGGAAGGGACAAGAAGGCAGCAGGGGGGGAACAGCCUACCAAGAAGCCAAGGGGUGGCAAGAAGAAAGCCGCCAAGGAGCUCACUGAAGAGGAGAAGGAGCAGCUUGCUGCCGGGAAGGAGGUUUACUGGCAGUUGCAGAAAAUGAAGAGAGUCAUGAAACAAUACGAGGGAGACAAGCAGACCAACGAGAGAUCGGGGUCGGGCAGGGCCAACAGCUGCCCUUUCUAUGAGCAGAUGGAUGCCUUCUUUGGGACAAAAGCUACAGUCAAUUGCGCGGCGCGCUUGUCGAGCACAGCUGAAACUCCGGGGAAUGCAGCGAUGGGAAGUGUAGAGGAAGGGUCCAAUGAUGUAAAGGCCCAGGGCAGUGGCAAGGCUGACCGCAAGAAGAGUGCACAGGUUGAUGCCAUGAAGGAGGUCAUGGAGGACGUGAUUGAGAACACCACCGGCAGGGUAGUAGAUGCUCUUACCCAAGCUAGCUCGGGCACUCAGAAGGUCAUGGAAGGAAUGCGAUCAGACAUUAACAACUUCAUGGGGCGGCUCUUGGACAUUCUUGAGCGAGACGGCUUGUAG